UUCAGUCAGUUGAUUUAUAAGCAACGGUCAAUAAGGAAUAAAAUAAAAAUGUGUAAAUUAUUUUUAAUAUCGUUAAUUUUAACAUCAAGCCUGUCUUUGUCUUUUUCAAUUAAUAAUUCUAAUCUUGAAGAAAACGAAGAUUUAUACGAAUUAAAUUUAAUUGGAAACGAAUCAGAUGUUGUUACAUUCGUAAAAGAUGGCUGGACAAAAUUACCCACUAGAGGAAUACCCACCGAAGGAGUGCUGGUCAAAAGCGGAUAUGUAAAGUGCGCAAAAGUCAAAAUUGCAGACACUGAAAGAAGAUACACUAUAGUUGCUAGAUAUUCUACUAUUAAGCCCAAUCAAGUGUUUCAUUGUACAAUAUCUGUUAUGACGACUCAAACGGAGCCUUUGGAUAUAAAUUGCCUCGUAGGAACCUUUGCAGCCUCUGUAGAUCCGCCAGACUACGAGGAUGGUAAUGAUGCUUUCUCAGCCGUCUUUACCUGCUAGAAUCAGUGCAACCUUUACCCGGGAAAAACGGAUUAGAUCUGACUAUAGAUAAAAAGAUCUGGUUCAGAUUUACCUUAGCAGAUCUAGCCAGAUCUUUAAAUUGUCUCUAUCUGACGAGAUCUGGCCAAAUAUAAUCAGAUCUGACCAGAUAUAACUAAAAAAAUAAUCUGAUUAGAUCUGAUCAGAUCUGGUCAGAUCUUUAAAUUGUCUCUAUCUGGCAAGACAUGGCCAGAUAAAACUAGAUCUGACGAGAUAUACUAAAAAAUUGUUUACAUUAAAUAUCACAAGAUCUGAAUAGAUGUAUUGAGAUCUGAUCAGAUAUAAAAAAUAAUAGCUAAAUAAUCACAUCAACAAAAAUUACAAUUUCAUGGAACAAUAUCCAAUGAAUACUAUUUUCUUUUCACACUUUGCGUAUCUGUCUUGAUUAAUUACUAAAAAAAAAUUUUAUAUAAUAAAAGCUAGUUGAAAAUACCUACAUGUAUCAAUUAAUCUUUAACAAAUAUGUGAUCAAUAUAUUUCUCAAUGAAUAAAUGGUAAGAGUUAAA